AUGGAUAGUUCACAUAUAGAAUAUGAGGAUAUUUGCAUAUGUCAUGUUAACUAUCAAUCUCUAAUAGCGCACUUUGAUGAAUUUAGUGACUUUUUUGUCGAUUCUAAGUAUCAUGUAAUUUGCUUGUCUGAAACCUGGCUGAAACCGGAGGUCUCUGAUAGUAUGAUCGCACUUCCGGGUUACUCGAUUCUCAGAUGCGACAGAACUGGACGUAGGGGCGGAGGAGUUGGCAUAUAUCUGCGCAGUUCCCUAGUUUGCGACAUACUAAAACAGUCAACUAUUGAUGAAAACUUGCGCAAGCCAGAGUUUAUUAUAGCACGGAUUAGUUCUGGUCCAACAUCUGAUCUCCUCUUGGCGGUCGUAUAUCGACCUCCUAACUGUGGAUAUAUUCAAGAAUUUCAAAAUNCGUUCUUAGAUCUGCAUAUAGGUUUUUGCCAUUCAAUGAUCUUUGGCGAUUUCAACACGGAUAUGACUGUUAGUACUUAUGAUAGCAUGCAAUUACUAAACUUCAUUACAUCUUCUAACUUACAUCUCGUACCUUUUGGUGCAACGCAUCACUUGAAAAAUUCCAAUACUUUCAUAGACUUAUGUAUUAUUGAUGAUGCAUCCAAAUUGAAAAAUUUUAAUACGAUGGGAGUUCCAUUUCUAUCGGCGCAUGACAUGAUUGAGGUGACGUAUGAUGUGUGUAUCAAACGUCGCACUCCUAGAACAAUAACAUGCAGAAAUUUCAGUGACUUCAACAUGCAAAAUUUUAUAUCAGACAUAUGUAAACAUAACUGGAUGGAUCUCUUCACAUCAACCAAUAUUGAGGAUAAAGUCGACAUUUUCAAUAGUACUAUGACUAAUUAUUUAAAUAGACACGCACCUCUGAAAAGGAUACAGUGUAGGAAUUUACCAGCGCCGUGGCUUACUGCUGAGAUUAGAGAUGUCAUGCGUGUAAGAAAUAGAUUAAGAAGAGUCUGGCGUAGAAGUAGAAAUGUUGCAAGUUAUGAGAGCUUCAAAACUAUGAGAAAUACCGUUCAGAAUAUUAUCAGAACAGCUAAAAAGAAUUAUUAUAUGUCUAUUUUUAACCAGAAGGACAAUCCAAACACUAUAUGGAGCAAGCUAAGACAUCUUGGACUCAUCAGGGCAAAGAAAGUGAAACCUCUUGCUUGUACAGUCAAUGAUAUUAAUUUAUUUUUUGCGAAUAGUGUAGUCUCAUUGGAUAGUAGCUCCCCGGAAUCAACAUAUGGGUUUUCUGAUGACACCUUUGAUGACAGCAAACUAUUUUUCAAAUAUGUACUGCCGACGACUAUCAUGAAAGCUUUUGCCAGAAUUAAAUCCAAUGCCACUG